AUGUACUGCAAAUACUGUAAAGGGCAGAAUCAAGCAGGGAAUUCGGCAUUUGUGACUGGAAACCAGCACUUUAAAAAAGACAGUCUCACGAAACACAACAUAUCUAAACGGUACAUCGCCUGCAGAGACGGUUAUUUAAUUCGACAGAACAAAGGCUCGACGGUGGACGCAGCCCUGGUUAGACAGGUGAAGAUUUCGGAGAUGGAGGCAAUGAGACAGCUCAAGAUCAAAAUGAACAUUGCCUACUUCAUCGCCAAGGAGGAAGAGCCGUUUGUGAGAUUUGGGCCACUUAUCACCCUGCACAAGAAGAAUGGCAUUGAUGUGAACCCAACUUACGACAACCACGUGAGAUGUGCGGAAAUGAUUGGACAAAUUGCUGAUCUCUUGAAAGAGAGCCUAACUGCUCAACUGAGAACAGCAAAGUACCUUGCAGUCCUCAUCGAUGGAGACACUGACAUAUCAAACACUGAGUGCGAGAUUGUCUAUGUGCGUCUGGUGGAGGGUGGGAAACCAGUCACUCUACUGGUUGGCCAACAGGCUCUUGAACACUCCCAUGCCAUUGGUGUUCUGGAUGCAACCAAGGCUGCAUUCAGUGCAGUUUACCCCGAGGACAAUGGGGGGUCGUGGUUGGCCACCGUGGAGGAGUGA